AUGGAAGAAUCAAGAUUUGCUUUUGAUAAAAUAUUAUCUUCAAUAGUGUUUUUGGCAAAACAAGGCGUAGCAAUAAGAGGGCAUACUGAUGAAUCUGCAAAUUUCAAUCAGUUAUUAAAACUUCGAUCGGAAGAUUCGACUGAAUUAAAAAACUGGUUAGAUAGAACUACUUAUAAAUGGAUUUCCCACGAUAUAACAAAUGAAAUUCAUAGUAUACUUUCAAGAGAAGUCAUUAGAAACAUUAUUAAAAAAAUUAAAGAAAAUACAUUUUAUGCUAUUUUAUUAGACGAAACUAGUGAUAUUACAGUAAAAGAACAAAUUUCAUUUUGUUUAAGAACAGUGGACAAAGAAUCAUUUGAAAUUGAAGAAUAUUUUAUAGGAUUUUAUGAAACACCUAAAACUGAUUCUAAUACUCUUUUCAAUAUUUUAAAAGAUAUUCUAUGUAGAUUAGAGUUGAAUAUUCAUAAUGUUAGAGGACAAUGUUUUGAUGGUGCUAGCAAUGUUUCUGGAAUUCACAAAGGAUUACAAGCUAGAACUAAAGAAAUUGAACCUAGAGCAUUGUUUGUUCACUGUCAAGCUCAUUCUUCAAAUCUUGUUACCCAAAAUAGUAUGCGAAAUGUAGAAAAAGCUAGAGAUAUACUAAAUUUUAUAAGAGAAUUAAUUACAUUUAUCAAACAAUCACCCAAGAGGCUAUCUUGGUUUAAAAUGUUACAAACAGAAGAUAACGUGACUGCUCUAAGACCGUUUUGUCCAACUAGGUGGACGUUACGAUAUUCUAGUUUAUUAUCUGUUAUGUAUAACUAUAAUGAACUAUUGACAUUUUUAUCGGAUUUUUCAAAAACUGAAAAGAACGAUGCAGGAUGUAAAGCAAAAGGAUUUUUAAAACAAUUAAAAUCUUCAGAUACUUACAUAAUGCUUAAAAUAGUAAUUAAUACUAUUUCAAGUAUGAGAGAUACAUUCAAUAUUUUAUGGAAAUCUAGAAAAAACGAAUGGUCAGAUUUAAAACUAGAUCCACCAAAAGAAUCUAGAAAACGAAAAAUGCCUCUUAAAUUUGAUGAUAGUACAUCCCAGUCCUUUUUAUUUACACCUGAAUGUAAAUAUAAUAAAAUAUUUAAAGAAAUUAUUGAUCAUAUACUAUCUGGUUUACAAUUAAGAUUUAAUUCUGAAGUUCGAAUGUUUUUAAGUGAUGUUGAAAUGUUUUUUAUUGAUCCAAGUAUAUCACCACAGUUAAUUUGCGAAUUUUAUAAAGAUGAUUUAAAUAUUGAUAAACUAAAAUUGCACAGAGAUAUGUUUCAUGAUAUAAUUAGAGGCCAAGGCUUAAAUGUAUCAUCAUUUUCAGAUGUUUUAAAUAUUGCUAAAGAUAAACCACACUUGGUCAUUCAUUUAACCGAGCUAAGAAAAUGCAUACAAUUGAUAUUGACAGUACCAGUCACAACGUGUACUACUGAAAGAUCUUUUUCUAUGUUAAGAAGAUUGAAAAAUUAUAUGAGAAGAAUAUUAAAAAAGAAUUACGGAGCAAUCAGAUAA